AUGGACCGAAGUUUGCUGAUUCUGUGCCUAUUUCUCUGCUGUGACAGCCUCAGUGGCUAUGAUGAAAUGGAAAAUAUUGUCCCCGAACGCUGUGUCUAUUUGAAAUCGCACGAGGAGAUCCUGCAGAGGAAAUGCUUGGGACAUUAUCCUCUGGUGGCGGUCACCAAGUUCCGGGACACGUUUAUAGAGGCUGGCGAACCGUUCGCUCUGUACAUGACAGACUCGCUGGACUACGUUCUGGUCCUAAUGAAGGAGUCGCCGCUGCAAAGCUGCGAGAGGAUGCGGUUCGUGGACGUGAAGAGCUUCAAAUGUCUGGACCAGGGCGAUACUGUUAACGACACGAUGCUCCUGGACAAAGCAGCCAUGUAUUGCUUCCCGUUCCACAUCCAGUUGCCCGACGAUCUCAUGCAGAUGUGCCUCAUGGAGAACGAAAUGAGCUCGGAUCUGCUCACAGAUGUGCUCAAAACAAAACGCGGUGUCAUCCACUAUUCCCUCGGCAAAGGUGGUGCCGAGCGCAUUGGCAUUGGCCUUGACAUUGGCAUUGGCAUUGGCGUUUGGCUUCGACUCCUGGCUCUCCCAUUGUCCAUCUCCAUGGCGUUGCUGGCGAUGCAGCGACUUUAAGGGCGGGCCCUGAUCCGGUCUCGAACAUAAUGCGACUCAUAAACUUUUAUGCUUCGACCAUAAAGAUUGAUCGGAGAGGGCGCUUGGGGAUCCCAAAAACCAAAAAAAGAACAAUUUAACCCAAAAAAAAUAUGAUGUGAAAACGACUGAACUGGAAUCUAGAUUAUUUAA